AUGCGUCUGCUGCCAAGGCAACAGCAGCAACCCGGCAACCAUGGUUACCAAGCAACCGGCGACCUAACCACCGGCAGGCAGUUGAAAAAGAUCGUGGCCGCCAUGCACGAGCGAGAGAAGCAGAGGAGGAAGAGAGGAGGAGGAGGAGGGAGGAGGGCGGCAUCAGAAGGAGGAGGCGAUGUUGAGGAGGAGGAGGAGGGGAGGCUGAGAUGGAGAAUCAGUCAGCUGGAGAAAGAGAAGCUGGAGCUGACAUCAGGACACAACCAGGAGCUGUGCAGGCUGCAGACUGAACUGACUCGUCUCAGAUCGUCGGUGGAGCGCGGCGAGGCUCUGAGGGCGGAGCUUCAGUAUCAGCUGACCGUCGCUCAGAGAGACGCAGAGCGAGUCGCCGAGCUCAGCGGAGACAAAGUGGCGCUCACAGUGCGAGCGUCGGAGCUCCAGCAGACGGUCCAGGAGCUGCAGAAGGUCGUGGACAUCACGCGGCGGGGCCGAGAGGAGGACCAGCAUGCUUUGCAGCAGGACGUGGAGGAGAGAGACAAACUGAUCCACAGCUUCGGCUCCGAGAACCAACGCCUGCACCGACUCCUCCAGGAGCAGGAGGAGGCGCUGGAGGAGGUGGAGAGGAGGAUGGCAGCGGUGCAGAAGGAGAGCGAGAAGGAGGCCGAGGCGAACAGACGACAAGCAGACGAACUGAAAUACCUGACGGAGAGAGAGGAGGAGAGGAGGAGAGAGACGGAGCUGUGGGAUCAGAAGAUGAAGUCUCUGCAGUCGAGCAUCGAGGCGGAACGAGCCGCUCACCUGGAGUCCAAAUUUAACUCUGAGAUCAUCCAGCUGAGGGUCCGGGACCUGGAGGCGGUGGUGGCGACGGAGCGGAGCGGCCAGCAGGAGGCGCAGCAGAGCCUGGAGCUGCUGAGGAGUCAGUUCAGAGAGGUGGAGAGAGCUUACAGCCUGGAGAGAGAGAGGAGGGACGGCACGGAGCGCGCUCUGGAGAGGCUGCAGAAAGAGUUCGACCAGUGUAAGUCUGACCUGACCGUCGCCUUGGAAACCGAGAGGAGGACGACCUCUGACCUCACCGAGAAGCUGGAGGAGGAGAAGAGACGACACGCAGACACACACUCGCUAGUGGAGCAGGCGGCUCAGAAACAGUCUGACACCGAGGAAACGUUGAUCAGCUGUUUGAAGCAGAUCAGAGAAACUCUCCAACAACACGGCUGUAGUCCUGCUGCAAAGGAUCAUGGGAGCUUGAGUCUUUCUGAAGAAGUGGUGCUGCUGUUGAAGUCGACGCUCAGCGCUGAUCGACGCAGACAGGAAGAGACGGACAGACAGGUUGAGGAUGUGGUCUCGGCCUCAGAGAAGCUGCAGGAGGAGAAUCAGACUCUCAGAGAUCUGAACUCUGAUCACAGCCGACACACCGAGGAGUCUCAGCAGGCGGCGCUCAGACUGCAGGAGGAAGUGACACGUCUGGAGAAAGAAAAGGAGGAGAGGGAGAAAAAGGAGAAGGAGGAGAUGGAGGAGAGGGAGAGAGAAAAAGAGAAAGAGAGGGAGAAGGAGAAGCAGGAGUGGGAGAGAGAGAAGGAGGAGAGGAGAGCAGAAGUCCAGAAGAUGAUUGACCUCUACCAGGAAGAGUCAAAGGUGCGUCUCUCCUUCCUCUACUGUCUGUACCAGCGUCUCCUCGCCGGCUGCGUCCUCCUCGAUCAGCCCCAGAGCAUUCUGGGUAACUUCACCUGGGAGGAGCUGUGUGAUGUCAUCAGCGAGCAGGUGGACCAGCUGACCUCUGACCUCCGCAGGGCCAACAACAAGGUGUCUCACCUGCAGAGUGUGUGUGAGAAGAAGAGUGUGUGUGUGCGUGAGCUGAAGCGCAGUCAGGAGUGUGUGUUGUCUCGUGUGGAGGAGAGCGUGAGGAAGAGGGAGGAGGCGUGGAGCAGCCGGCACACACACACUGUUACACAGCUGCAGAACGAGCUGCAGCUGUGUCGUUCUCAGUGUGACUCUUUCCGUGACCACGUGUCCUCUGCGGAGCGUCAGCGCUCCUCCCUGACCUCCGACCUCCUCCGCCUGCAGAGCCUCCUCUCCAGGAGUCGGGAGGAGUCGUCCUCCUUCCUGUCGGCUUGCUCCCUGCUGGCAGGAGCGACGGCUCACGCUCUCCUCCGCCUGCAGGAGCUCCGCCAGCAGAAAGCUCUGCUGUCCAGACGUCUGCAGGAGAGGGAGCAGCUGGAGGAGGAGGUGAGGAGGCUGGCUGGAGCUCUGGGAGGAGAGGAGGAGGAGGAGGAGGAGGAGGAAGAAGGACGGAGGAGGAAGAGGAGGAGGAGCAGGGCAGUGAGGAGGUGGAGGAGGAGUGUGUGUGUGGUGUUGGCGGUGAGGAGGUGGAGAGCGUUGUGUAAACAGACGACGGUGUUGUUUCGGUUGGAGAGAGACGGACACGCUGUGAGCGUCCGUUACUGUGGCAACGAGACGACGGCGACACGGAGGGGUCAAAAAGCUCCAAACACAGGUCGAGGGAAGGCGUGUGCUCGAUGGCUUCGCUCCAAAUAUUUAUCCUCAGCCAUUCUGUCCUCCAUGUCCGACCUGCAGGGGGCGCUAACACACACUGGCUCCGCCCCUCCAGACGUGACUUCAGCAGCUCGUUCUGCUUUGUCCCGCCUCCUGGAUCACCUGCUCAGCCAAUCAGACGCGGCGCCUCGUAGCGGCGAGGGCGAGGAGACGCUGGCGGAGCGACUGAGACUCGGCCUGAACGCUCUGACCCCCCCUCGGCCUGACAUGAAGGCCUUGGUGUCCAGCCUGCAGCAGCACUUCCUGCUCUUUAGCCAACGGCUGCACUCGGCCGAGGUGGAGAGGCGGGGCUUGAGGCUGGAGGUGGCCAAUCUGAAGAGAGCGAGGCGGCGGGACAGAGAGGUCCCAGCAGAGCGUUUCCAGAGUGUGUGUGCGGAGCUUCGUCAGGCUCUGAGCAGAGAGCAGGAAGCUCAGACGCUGAUCCAGGAGCAGACCAACCAGAUGCAAACGCUGCAGCUCCGAGUCAACACACACACCGAGGAGCAACAACACACACAAUACACACUGAGCCAGAACGAACAGUCUCUCCUGGAGGCUCGUCAGGAGGUGAGCAGGAAGGAGCGCUCUCUGAGGACUUUGGGGAAGCACCUGUCGGAGGUUCAGAGGCAGCGAAGGCAGCUGGAGGAGAAACUGCAGAGAGCCGAGGAGGAGCUGAGGGACUCCGCCAGACUUAAAGAUUGUCUGAUCGGCUACAUGAACGCUGCAGAGAGGAGCUACAAGGAGGUUAGAGAAAGUCUCGCCCAAUCACGUCACUCGCUGUCAGCUCAGUCCCACCCCCCGCCGUUACCAUGGGAACACCUGGAAACAAACGGAGCAGAGAGCAUCAUGGGAACUCCGGAGGUGGCGGCUUGUCAGUCUCUCCUCUCCUCCUUUUCUCAGCUCUAUCACUCCUGCAGCUCUCGGAUCGUCUGGUUGGAACAGGAAGUCUCCGCUCACCGCAGUCAUGUGACCGCUCUGCGCGGCGAGCUGCAGGACGCCUGUCUCCGUGACAACCUCGCCUUCGUCCCCGUGGAGUUUCCUGACGGAGACGCUCUCGAGUCCGAGCCGCUCUUUGAUUGGUUGAAGGAGCCGCCCGUCAGUUUGAAGACAGGCCCCGCCCCCCCUUCCUCUCCGCUCUGUAAACCGUCCGUAAAGACCGGAGCGAGGGAGAAGAAAGACGUGAAGAAGAGCAGAGGACACGUGAAGAGCGGCGGCAGGAAGUAG